AUGUAUGGGUUACCAAAGAAUGCAAAUAAUCAUAAUAGUGGAAUAGGUUUACCACCACCAGUUAUAAGUGAAAUGAUAAUUAAAUUAUCAAAUAAAGCGAUGGAGAAAUAUAAUGGUAUUAUUGGUAAAACCUAUUCAAUUGAAGAAGUUUCAAAACAUAAUAAAAAAGAUGAUUGUUGGAUAAUUGUUAAUAAUAAAGUUUACGAUAUGACUGAAUAUCUAUUAUAUCAUCCUGGUGGACCAAAUUUAUUAUUUAAAUGCGCAGGUAGAGAUGCUACUGAUGAUUUCGAAGGAAUGUUUCAUUCAAGAAAUGCAAAAGCAAUUUUGGAAAGAUUUUAUAUUGGUAAAGCCUCAUCAUCAUCAUCGUCGUCAAUUAGUUUAUUAUCACCAAACUAUAAACCACCACCAUCCUUCUCCUCUUCAUCAUCAUCAUCUUCUUCUUCUUCAUUAAAACCAUUUUUAGUUCCAUCAUCAUCAUCAAAUACAGUAACAUUAUCAACAGUAACAACACCAAAGAAUAGAAAUAAAAUUAUAGUAUCAAAAGUUAAAAUUAAUAAAAAAACCAAAUCAACUGGAAAUACAUAUCAUUAUUUUAUAGAAAUACCUGAAGAACAUAAGAAUUUAGAAUGGAUAUCACCAUUAUCUCAUGUAUCAUUAGCAAAGUUUAAUAAUGAAGAUACUACAAAUUUUAACAAUCAUGAUAAUAUUACAUUUAAAAGUUAUACACCAGUAAAAUUAAGCCAAGAUAAGAAAUAUUUAGAAUUUUUAAUUAAAGGUUAUGAAAAUGGUGAUGUUUCAAAACAUAUUCAUCAAUUGAAAGAAGGUGAUCAUCUUUUAUUAAAAGGUCCAAUUCAAACAGCUGAUAAUUUUGAUUUUAAAAAACAAGAAAACUAUUUAUUAAUGAUUGCUGGUGGUACUGGUAUAACUCCAAUGAUUCAAAUAAUUUUAGAAUCAUUUUAUAAUAAUAAUAAUAAUAAUAAUAAUAAUAAUAAUAAUAAUAAUAAUAAUAAUAAUAAUAAUAAUAAUAAUAAUAAUAAUAAUAAUAAUUUAAAAUUUAUUUUAAUUUAUUCUUCAAAUAAUGAAAAUGAUAUAAUUUAUAAGAAUGAAUUAGAUGAAAUAUUAAAACAAUUUAAAGAUAGAUUAUUUAUACAUUAUGUAAUAACAAAACCAUGUAAUAAUAAUAAUGAAGAAUCAUUUAAAAAGGGUAGAAUUAAUCAAGAUAUGAUUUUAACUUGUUUAGAGCCAAUAAUUAUUAAAUUAAUACCAAAGAUGAUUACAGAUUCAAUGGAAACUUUAGUUUGUGGUCCAAUAGAUUUUAAUCAGUCAAUUUCAAAAGAACUUUUAAAAAUUGGUUUUAAAGAUAAUCAAAUUCAUAUAUUACAAUAA